AUGAAAUUACGUGAUCGGCCUCUGUACCGAGCAAUGGAUAUACAACGAGAUAUAUUACGUGACCACGGUGUUCGUCUGCCGUAUAAACAAGCCUGGAUGGGUAAAGAGUUAGCAAAGGGAAUUCUUCAUGGCAGUGAUAUAGAAAGCUAUGAUCUGUUGGUAUGGUAUGUAGCCAAAGUUUCUAAAACUAACCCAGGUAGCGUCGUUAUUAUUGACACUGAUGGAGAACGAUUCAAGUGUGGGUUUUUCUGUUUUCGUGCUUCUCUUAAUGGUUUCAAGCAGGGUUGUAGACCUAUGCUUUUUCUAGAUGGAACUAACUUGUUGGGCAAAUAUGGCGGUAUCCUUCUUGGUGCAACAGCCAAAGAUGGAAAUGAAGGAUUUUUUCAUUUGGUGUUUGCUAUCGUGGAUAAUGAAACUGAUGAUAACUGGACAUGGUUUACAUCAACUUUGGGUGAUGCAAUAUAUGGUGAUGACGACUACACCAACAUAAUCACAUUCAUCUCGGAUCGGUUGAAAGGACUUAUAAAUGCCAUUGCGAAGGUUUUUCCUUCAUCCCCGCAUGCUUAUUGCUUACGACAUCUACAUGCAAAUUUUCUUAAAUCAAAUGGGCAGCUAGGAAAGUCAUUAAAAGAUGAGUGCUGGAGUUUGAUUAUGAAGAUUGCAUAUGCAUGUACGUCUUUCGAAUAUGAUGAAGCUGUACACUCCCUAUUAGCCACAUCAGGACAAGCACACCAUUGGAUGUUCCAGAAAUCGGACAUGUCACAUUGGUGUAAUUACUUGUUUAGAGGCCGGUGGGGUGAAAUGUACUCCAACGUCGCAAUUGAAGUGAUAGUCGAAGAAAGUAGGUGCUUACUGAUAGGUUGUUCAGAUGGAGAACAGUUCGAGGUUGUUGACCACCAGAGUAAUUCUAUUAAUUUGUGUGCUCGAACAUGCUCUUGUCGCCGCUGGCAGGUCUACGGAAUACCAUGUAAGCAUGCUUGCGCAGCGAUUAUGCAAAUUGAUACAAAUAUCCAUCGCUUCAUUAAACCAUACUACACUGUCAAAUCCUACAAGUUGACAUACAAAGAAUCGAUAUUCCCUGUACCAGAUCAUGACAAACCGUUGGAUGACUCUCGCCAACUCCGUAUUCGACCACCUAUCUCAAAGAAAAGGCCUGGUCGUCCAAGGCGCAAGCGGAUUGAGUCACAAGCAUGCCAUGUGCGUGAAAUACAUUGUAGCCGUUGCCACUCAAUCGGACAUAACAGGGAACAUGUAAUGAAGUAA